GAGCGGAGCGCGGGCGGCGGUAGUGGGGGGGCCGGCAUGGACGUUUCGGGGCAGGAGCCCGACUGGCGGAGCGCCGCCUUCCGGCAGAAGCUGGUCAGUCAAAUCGAGGAUGCCAUGAGGAAGGCUGGCGUGGCCCACAAUAAGUCCAGCAAAGACAUGGAGAGCCAUGUGUUCCUGAAGGCCAAGACCCGGGACGAGUACCUCUCCCUCGUGGCCAGGCUCAUCAUCCACUUUCGAGACAUCCAUAACAAGAAGUCUCAAGCAUCUGUCAGCGAUCCCAUGAACGCUCUGCAGAACCUGACGGGUGCCCCAGCCACAGGAACCACGGGAAUUGGCAUGGCCGCUCGGGGCCCAGGGCAAUCCCUCAGUGGGAUGGGCGGCCUGGGUGCCAUGGGGCAGCCACCCCCGGGCACGUCUGGACUGGCACCACACAGCAUGGCUGUGGUGUCUACAGCAACUCCACAGAGCCAGCUGCAGCUCCAGCAGGCGGCGCUGCAGCAGCAGCAGCAGUUCCAGCAGCAGCAGGCGGCGCAGGCGCAGGCGCAGGCGCAGGCGCAGCAGCUGCAGGCCCAGCAGAGCGCCAUGCAGCAGCAGCUCCAGGCCGCGGUGCAGCAGCAGCAGCUGAUGAAACUGCACCACCAGAGCCAGCAGCAGUCACGCCCUGAGCACACAUCUGUUAGCCCGAGGGAGGCAUCAGAUGAAGUGCAGUCCCUGGAUGAUGCAGACGGCGAGCCCUUUCUCGGCUGCUGCCUGAGAGCCUGGGGGCCCGAGUGCACCCAGAGGGGCCUCAGGAGAAAGGUCCGAGCCCCGAUGGUGGUGCAGCAGCCCCAGGUGCAGCCACAGACGGCCGUGCAGACGCCGCAGGCCGCCCAGAUGGUGGCAUCCGGAGUCCAGAUGAUCACCGCAGCCAUGGUCCAAGGCGGGAUGCAAGUAAGAGCCCGGUUCCCACCCUCCACUGCCGUGUCAGCCGCACCGCCAGGCGCCCUUCCCGCGGGUGGACAGCCCCCGGCUCAGGUCAGCCAGAGUGGCCUCCCGAUGCUGUCCUCGCCGUCACCCGGCCAGCAAGUGCCAACCCCUCAGUCGAUGCCCCCGCCUCCCCAGCCGUCUCCCCAGCCGGGCCAGCCUAGCUCUCAGCCCAACUCCAACGUCAGCUCUGGCCCCGCCCCGUCCCCCGGUAGCUUCCUGCCCAGCCCCUCACCUCAGCCUUCUCAGAGCCCGGUCACAGCGCGCACCCCUCAGAACUUCAGCGUGCCCUCACCUGGACCUCUGAACACCCCAGUGAACCCCAGCUCGGCCAUGAGCCCCGCCGGCCCGAGCCAGGCCGAGGAGCAGCAGUACCUGGAGAAGCUGAAGCAGCUGUCCAAGUACAUCGAGCCCCUCCGCCGGAUGAUCAACAAGAUCGACAAGAACGAAGACAGAAAGAAGGACCUUAGCAAGAUGAAGAGCCUCCUGGACAUCCUGACGGACCCGUCCAAGCGCUGUCCCCUGAAGACCCUGCAGAAGUGCGAGAUCGCGCUGGAGAAGCUCAAGAACGACAUGGCCGUGCCCACGCCCCCGCCGCCCCCGGUGCCGCCCACCAAGCAACAGUACCUGUGCCAGCCCCUCCUGGACGCCGUCCUGGCCAACAUCCGCUCACCCGUCUUCAACCACUCCCUGUACCGCACGUUCAUGCCACCAAUGGCAGCCAUCCACGGCCCACCCAUCACGGCCCCCCCGCUGUGCACCCGGAAGCGCAAGUUCGAGGAGGAGGAGCGGCAGAGUAUCCCCAGCGUGCUCCAGGGGGAGGUGGCCCGCUUGGACCCCAAGUUCCUGGUGAACUUGGACCCUUCUCACUGCAGCAACAACGGCACUGUCCACCUGAUCUGCAAGCUGGAUGACAAGGACCUCCCAAGCGUGCCCCCGCUGGAGCUCAGUGUGCCUGCCGACUACCCCGCCCAGAGCCCACUCUGGGUCGACCAGCAGUGGCAGUAUGAGGCCAACCCCUUCCUGCAGUCGGUGCACCGCUUCAUGACCUCCCGGCUGCUGCAGCUCCCCGACAAGCACUCGGUCACGGCCCUGCUCAACACCUGGGCGCAGAGCGUCCACCAGGCCUGCCUCUCGGCCGCGUAG